AUGCGUGCCACUCUUGAUAGUCGCAUGAGGUUCUUCGUGAGAAACGCUUUCCUCACUCGCCUCACCUACAACAACACCACCAACACCCUCCACUACAAUCUCACCGUCGAGGUCGCCAUCCCCGCCGAACACGCCACCAUCGACUACUUGAGUGCCGCCGUCUCCUACCAUAAUAUCACGUUCGCAUCUCACCCCGUUGAAACCCUAAUUCAGGAUUUCAAUGGGUUGAGAUUGCGUUUUGACGGUGAGCGUUAUAUCAUGCUCACCCAUGUCCAGCUUUCAAAGGUGAACUACGAUAACAUGUCCGGAUUUUACAACCUCACUCUUAAUCUAUGGCCACCCAAGAUGAGAACUCCUGAGGAGCUUCUUUGUGAUUUGCAACUUCCGAUUCAUCAUUAUGUCAGGUGUAAUGGGAUCGAUGAUUAA